UCAUAUCCAUUCUGAUUUACGGCACCACCGGUGCUGCAGAAACGAGUGGACGGUGGCAGUGAGAUUAGCUCUUAUGGCUAUAUUUCCUGACAGUGACUAAUUCGUUUAGGAAAAAAAAGACAAUUGUGAUUUUUGCUACUUGUAAAGCGUACACGUUGGUGUCAGAAAGCAUAGCGGUAACAACAUAUUCUGACGGUAAGGUGAGUGCUGAGGUAGAUAUCUACUUUUUCUAGCUAGCAGGCAGCAGUCGCUCAUCGUGUAGCCACUCAAGUUCCCUCAGGAUCUGUUUUCUUUUUUUUACCGGUUUUUCCGGUUUUUUAAAGAACAUGCCUAUUCAACUGACCAGCCAGGCUUACUGUAAAAUGCUGUUACAUGCUGCCAAGUAUCCUCACUUUGCCGUGAAUGGAUUGCUGGUGGCAGAAAAGACGAAGGAGAAAAAGAAAGAGAGCCACAGUGAACCUGUCCUGUGUGUGGACUGUGUGCCGCUGUUUCACGGCUCUCUGGCUCUGGCCCCCAUGCUAGAAGUAGCUUUAACGCUGAUCGAUACUUGGUGUAAAGAAAAUAAUUACAUCAUCGCUGGAUAUUAUCAAGCCAAUGAACGCACAAAGGAUUCGAGACCUAACCAAUUUGCAGAAAAAGUGGCUGCAAGGAUCUCUGAAAACUUCCAUGAAGCAGCAAUUGUUAUGCUGGACACCAGUAGAUUAACAAUGAGCUGUUUUGAGCCCAUUGUGCUUAUCUAUGACCAUCAUGAACACAAGUGGAAAAGCAGAGAAGUAACUUUUGACUGUUUUGAGGACUGGAACGAAGCACAGAAGAUCACGUCUUCUCUGUUGGAGGGCAGAUCCUACGAGAACUUGAUUGACUUUGACAAUCACUUGGAUGAUCUGAGGAACGACUGGACCAACCCUGUGAUCAACAAGGCUGUCCUGGAUCUGUGCUAAGAGAAUCAGUCCGCAGCACCUUGGACAUGCAGACAAAUAUUGCUGCCGUUACAGCAUGCAUGGUGCUACCUAUUGUGUAGCGCAGGAGUACACAAAUGCUGGAAACAUGGUCUUUGUUCCAUUAAAAGCCCCUCGUACUGAGAGGAUCUUGCAGAGUACUGACCGGUACUGCCCAAAUCUCUCAAGGCCAAGUGCCAUAUGUGCACUGUUAGCCUGCGUCCACCUUCACAAGGUGAUACCAAGGUGAUGAAGGCCAUUUUGUUUUUUUCUGCAAUGGUUUGUGUUUAUUCAUAGUUGUGUGCAAGUUAAAUUCUAAAUUAUUUGAUACAUUUUUCUUCUUAAAUUGUAAAACCAAUAGCCAUAUAAAGAUCAAGUCUUAAAUUAUUAAAACAUUAUUAGUAAAAAUGUAAGGAGAUGAUUGUACUACUGAGAUAUGAUAGAUGCUGUAUUAUUAAAUGUUUAGUUUAUUUUUAACCCUGUAACUUCAUUCACACAGAAAUAUGGUCUGAAGAAGUUUGGGGUUGUUUAUUUAAGACGAUUAAUAAAUAAAUGAGUAUAAAGAUGAACUGAAAAGACAGGAUUUAAAAAAGUUAUGUCUUUUCUGACUGUGUGUCUAUUACCAACUUGAGUCAUUCUCUGGAUCCACCAGCAAUAUUAAUGUGAUGAUUAACUCCAAAGGUUUGACUUUUAAAUUAUUCAAUCUUCCACAUA